GAACUGUGAGACGAUAUCAGUCAUAAUCGAGACGCGGCUUGUACAACACGAAACAUAAACACUGCCUUGCGGUAACGAACGUUCUCAAAUAACUUUCAUUAUGUGUGGGUAGCUUCUCUUUUGUUUUAGUUUAUGAAAGUUUUAAUAGUUUAAUAGUAAACGUAUUGCGUUCACACUUGUGUGUGGAGCCUAGAAAGAAGAAGCGAAGAUAGAUUGUGACGAACAAUUCGGCUAUUUUGCUAAGAACAAAAACAAUUGAAAAGAAUUAGAAUCUGAUGGAAUCUAAGUGCGUUUUUUAAAGUGUGUCGAUAUAAUUCGAUAACGUAUCGAUGAGAAAAGUUAUUUUUGUCACACAUAACUAACGUUACGCACUUUCAACUUUAUAUAAAACGAAAAGGAGCGACAAAUAUUAUCUCGGUGAUCUUCAUCACGUGUUAUAUACAUAUAAACAUAUUUUUUGUGGUUCUAAUAACUACCUCCCAGAGCUACGGACUGGACAUAAAUUUUUACGAUCAACGCUACGUCGAUUUUUUUGCGAAGUAGAGAUUUUUAUUCGCAAAAAGCAUGAUUACAUUCAAGAUUUCGGCACCGGGUAGGAUUAUUUUAAGCGGAGAGCAUACGGUGAUGUAUGGAAAAAAAGUUGUGGCUGCCGGCAUAGAUCUUCGAACCAUGCUCAACUUUUACGAAACAACCAGUAGUGGAAUCAUUGAAAUAGACUUCCCUGAUGUCGGUCUAUUGAUAAAUAUACCUUUAGAACAUAUUCAAAACUUCAUUUCUUCCUCGGAAUAUAAUAAUAUAAUUAAUGAUAACAUCCUGUUCCUUAGACACAUACAAUAUUUUAUCACCUUAAACGGUAUGUGGAGAACAUAUCCGCAGAGAUUUAGUAUACAAACAUUCUUUUUCCUGCUUUUGUUUAUCGCUCACCACGAGGCACUCGAUAUAAAACCUUGUUACGUGCGUUUGACCACGCAAUUAAAAAUGGGCGCUGGUCUUGGCAGUUCGACAUCGUUCGCGGUAUGUCUCGCGGCGGGCUUUCUACAUUGGGCGCGUCUGCAGAAAGGUGGCCAUAUUGCAUUUAAUAAUCAGGAUUUAGAAAUUAUCUCGGAAUACGCUAUGCACUGCGAAGAAGUUAUACAGAACUAUUUGUUCAACAUUGAUCACGACGUGUGCACAUUCGGCCGAGGAAUAAUAUUUCAAUAUAAAGAACUGCUAAACGGCAGUUUUACACCCAUAGACGUGCCAGAAAUGAAUAUUUUGCUAAUCGAUUCAAACAUUUGUCAGCAUAAGGGUGAACUGAUAAGACAAGUGGCCGAGGCAAAACAUUUAUAUGAUAACGCUGUCGACCGCAUUUUCGAUACGAUCGACAAUAUAUCGCAGGAAGUUGCAACAGCACUUCGUGAAAUAGGAAAUUGCCACAGAAAUAACAAUUUACAAAGACUACACAAUUUAUAUGAAGCGCUACAAAUUAACAUCACCUUGAAUCAAGACAUGUUACAUCACUUGAAUUUGUCAAAUCAAAAUUUUGAUAUUAUUUGUACAAUUGCGAAAGCUCAUGGAUUCGCAGGAAAACUCACAGGUGUUGGAGCUAGAUAUGUAUUAAUUCUGUUGCCGCCGAAUACUCUAAUAGAACGUACUACUGUGUUUUGCCAACAAUUAAGGAGCCUAGGUUUUAAUUUCUACACGACCAAAAUAUGUUGUAGUGGGGUGAGAUUUGACGAGUUAAGUUAUGCAGGCUGAAUCUUUGUCUAUACGUAUAUUCAAGAUACAAAAAAUUAAUGAAAAGAAGUAUUACCAUCCUUUUCCGGAUUUUGAUUCUCAAGCUGAAGUUGAUGACAUGUAUGAUCUUACUUAUUAUUAGACGAAUUAAGUUUUAUGUAAUGCAAUCUAGAAAAUAACAAGGGCAGCGCUGCUUAUUUUCUGCGUCAAAAUUAUUUGUAUAAUCGAAGUAUAUAAAAUGAUAUAAUUCGAUAUACAAAUACUAUUUUACUUUAUAUUACAUUUUACCUU